AAAAUAAAAUACAGCUGAUUGUCAAAGGGGAUGGCAAUUGGAUUUUGGAAAUAAUGUCGCGUUCUAUAGAUCUAUGUCCUCAGGAAAAUGGUGGUUUCGGUCUAAACAUGGCGAAUAUUGCGAGUCCAUUACCUUAUAUUGCAAAGAGAGAAUAUGGUCUAUUACCUGAUCUUAAGUCUCAACUGUUUAACAAAAGGCUAAUCGCUGCGAAAAACCUCUAUCGUCGAGAUCUUGUGUGCCAUUUUGGAUGUGUUAAUGCGAUUGAAUUUUCCAGCAAUGGCGAGUUGUUAGUUUCAGGUGGAGAUGACAGGCGAGUGAUGCUUUGGCAAUUCGGACAGGCAAUACUUGACUAUGGAAAACCAGAGGCAAUGAAAGCAGUUCACCAGUCUAAUAUAUUCUGCCUUGGCAUCACAUCUGAUAAUCAAAAAAUAUAUUCGGGGGGAAAUGAUGAUGUAGUGAUUGUACACGAUUUGGAAUGUAAAUGCCCCAUGGAAGAGUUGAAGCAUCACAGAGCAGUGUGCAGUCUUAGCAUAGACCCAUUUAAUGAGAGAGUGAUUUCCACAGCAGGAAAUGAUGGACGCUUGUUGCUAUUUGAUACCCGACAGUCUGUGCAUGAGUCAUUGGUCAUAUCUCGAAGUCGCAAAGCUUUCCACGGAGUAAUGUUCCAUCCUCAACAAGUUGGGAUCUUAGUAUCGGCUAACGCACGCGACGGUGUUGCUUUAUGGGAUUUGCGAUCGCCAAAACAUCCAGUACUCCGAUAUGUUGGCAACAAUGGCUCAUGCCAGAACAGCAUGAGUGUCCGUUUCAACCAGGCCGGUACACACAUACUAGCGUUACGACGACGUAUGGCACCAGUUCUAUACGCCAUACAAUCCCCAGAACCAGUGGCUGAGUUCUAUCACCAAGAUUAUUAUAACUCGUGCACUAUGAAGAGCUGCUGCUUUGCCGGCAAAGAUGAUCAGUUUGUACUAUCUGGCUCCGAUGACUUUAAUUUGUAUAUGUGGAAGAUUCCGGAUACGGGUGGGGAAAUUGAUUCAGUGGUAGAGCCACCGCACAUCGUACUGUAUGGACACAGGUCUAUCGUUAAUCAGGUGCGCUACAACAACCACUAUUGCCUAAUUGCAUCUUCAGGUGUCGAGAAAAUUAUAAAGGUAUGGUCUGCCCUUGAAUAUCCCAAAAUGAAAGGAACAUUGCUUGAAGAGGCACAGGGAUCGGAUAAUCCGCGAGAAAUAUACAGCCAUGAAGACUAUGUAUCGCUCGUUCAUCACAGUGGUCAGUACAUAUCGCACAACUACGCGCAACAGUCGACCAGCGAAGACCCUCGCAUGAUGGCGUUCUUCGAUUCGCUCGUCCAGCGUGAACUGGAAUGUCUUGCAGAAGAAACUGAUUCGUUGGACGGCUCCAGUUCUGGGUCACCACAAGCUCAUGACUCUGAUUCCAGUACUGACCACAUUGUGGUGGAUCUAUUGCCUCUGCCGCCGAAGAGAGCUGCUCAAAACGGUAGUAGGAGUCAGCGAUGUCCAAAUAGACUGGCGCGAUUGAUCGCAUCGCGAUAUCCAAAGAGUUCACGAUCUCAGAAGAGAGGAUCGCUAAGGCGCAGCAAGCAGCCGCGCUCGUGCAUGAGCAAGACCGGCAAGAGUAUAUCGGGCGCUAGUUGCAAGGGCAAGCGGGCGGUGCGGCGCGCGCGCGGGGUGCGGCGCGGGGUGCGGUGCGGGGCGCCAGCGGGGCCAGCUCCGCCCGCGCGGGCUCGUCUAUCCGCGCCCUCGAGCGAGCGGACUGACUCGGAUGAGCCAACGCAUUCGAUCUAUCGGUCUGCGGGCAGGAUAAUACGCCCUCUACGACGUCGUUUAAGUCUCACACGCUCCUCAAAGCGGAAAAGUAAAGUUAGCAGUUUUAGGAAAACAAUGAAUUUAAGGAGUAAUGGGAAUACAAUUGCACAGGACAGUAGUGACAACAAUAAUAUUUCAAAUUUUGAUGAAAAUUUAGCUUUACCCAGCACAAGUACAGGAUAUAGAGGUCAAAGUUCAUCAGCGCUUUUUAGAAUAGCCGAAGUCGAUUCCGACGACGACCAAUCAGUAAGCAGUCGACCCAUAUCCCCUCGAAAUCAAAAUAACAAUCAAAACAUUCCUACAAAUUUAAUAAGCAUAGUCCCUACACCGAUAAACGGAUCAAGGGACUCCUUAGGUGACUCUUUACGGGUAGAACUGCCCAGUUCGGAAAGCGCCCACUUACCUCAACCACACGAAAAUCGUUUACGUAUGAAUUUAAGGCGGUCCAGAAGAAAUGGACGACAUAGUUUGCAACGUUCAGAUUCCAGCGAGUCGCCUACACCCAAAGAUGCAUCAGAACGGGCCUCGACGUCCAUCGCUGAAUGUUCCUCACCCAAAGUUGGUUACAAUAGAACGGUUGCGCGACUGAUGAACGAAACGAAUGAAAGUGAGCUGGAGAGCAGUUGCAGUACAGAGAGCAGUCUGUGGCCGGCUCCACACACUCUCGGUACUCCAGAUAGUGGUGUGGGCACCGUUGUAGGCAGCAGCACUAGGAAUAACCAACCUCCCAAUGAUGAUGUGUCAGACGAUCCAGAAUAUCAGAUACUUAAAUUUCGACAGCGCGUGAAAAAAGCGCGAAGGAAUUACAGGAAUCACAUGGACUCAGAUUCUAACUGAACUAGUUCGUAGAUAGGAUUUGUUGUAUUUUUUCACUUUGAUACUCUUGUUGUAUCUAGCUCUCGAAAGUUUAAUGGUGUUUGUAAAGAGGACACGGUAGGUAUGUUGUCUUUUCAUGUUGUCAUAUUUCCGUAAUAGUAUUACUUACUUAUAGAAAAUGAAAUGGUAUUUGCGUGACUUCAUUUAAGUAUGCGAUGGGAUCUAUUCGUCCCUCGAAUUUUUAAUUUAAAUUGAAAAUUCAUUUCUAUAUCUUUAUUUAUCCAUUGUAAAUAGUAUAUUAAGUGUCAACUAUAUUAUAUGUAUACCGAUUUAAACAUUCGUGUUCUUAUUGUUAUUUUUUUUUUUCAAUCUUAUGCGCUAUAUAUUUUCUAUAAUUCUGUAAUACAUUUUCAACUUUUCGUACUAAGCGCGUACAGGACGGAGAUGAAAGACAACAUAACAACAAUGUUGUAUUGAACAAGCAACUGUGCAAGCAACAAGCUUUGGAAAAAAAAUAUCUUGACUAAAUCCUCGUUUAAUAGAUUAAAAACAAGCAUUAUGUGAUCUUUCUCUUUAAAGGACGAACAUUUUCUGUGUGUGUAAUUAAUAAUUAUAUUAAUAUUAUACAGACUUUGCUUUUAGUGGUAAAUUAUUUAAGAAUUGUGAUGUUAUCAAAUAGUUAUUAAUUAUAAAUUAGUGUAUAUUAGUUUGUAAGAUAUGCCAAUGUUCCCUGAAAAGGUUGUUAAAUAAUAUCUGUACUGAUAAAUAUAUGGAUUAAAAAAAUA